AUGGACGUCAGAUCGGUGCUUCUCGUUCUGGCGAUCGUCGCUCUUAUGGCUGCCGGCGUCGCGAUGCGCCUCGGCGCCUUCGCCAGGAUUGCACAGCUGUGCUUGGCAGCUGCUCUCGUUCCAUUGAUCUAUAGCUACCAUCGAAGGAUCUAUAUAAUACUGAGGACUCUUCCACGGGAUAUCAAGUUUCUCUAUCGCUACGUGAACGCCGACCUGGAAACUCGAGGAUACGUACGCAACAACACGACAGUGACCAAGAUUUUUGCCGAAAGGGCCCGACUUUAUCCGAACAAGCCGUGCUUCAUCUUGGAGGGUCGUAUAUGGACAAAUGCCGAUGUAGAUCAAUACAGCAACAGGAUAGCUUCGGUGUUCCAAAAUGCUGGAUACGUCAAGGGAGACGUAGUGGGCUUGAUGAUGCCCAACAGGCCCGAAUUCGUGGCCACGUGGUUGGGACUAGGUAAACUGGGUGUUGUGACGGCCCUGGUUAACACAAAUCUCCGUAUGCAACCGUUGAUUCACUGUUUCAACAUUACCAAAGUGAAGAGUAUCAUCUACGCUAGUGAAUUGGCAACAGCUGUUGAUGAGAUCGCAGAUCAGAUCCAAGGAGUCGAUCGUUAUCAAGUCGGUGGAAAUCCUAAUGAAUUAUCAGUCGGAGUAAAGAACCUGGAUCAAUUAUUGUCUGAAGCUGGAACGAGUCAGCCAGUAGUGAAUGAAGAACCUGGAUAUCGGGAUAAUUUAUUAUACAUUUAUACAAGUGGUACUACUGGAUUACCUAAAGCAGCUUUGAUGCCAAACUCAAGGUAUCUUCUGGUCAUGGUAGCCACUUACCAUAUGCUUGGUCUUAGGGCAAAUAGUGAUAUUAUGUAUAAUCCUUUACCAUUAUAUCAUAUGGCUGGUGGACUGGUAGGGACUGGUUGUGCACUGGUUAAAGGAAUUCCUAGCAUUCUCAGAACAAAAUUUUCCGUUUCUGCUUAUUGGACGGAUUGUAUUAAAUAUAAUUGUACGGUAGCUCAAUAUAUUGGGGAAAUGUGUCGGUACUUGCUGUCAGCUCCACCGCGACCGGAAGAUACAGCACAUCCUGUGAGAUUAAUGGUGGGAAAUGGAAUGAGACCACAACUUUGGCAAGACUUUGUUAAUCGAUUUAAGAUCGAACAGGUGAAUGAAGUUUAUGGAUCGAGUGAGGGCAAUACUAAUAUUGUUAACGUAGAUAAUACUGUCGGUGCUGUUGGCUUUGUGCCUUCGAUUUUACCAAAGUCCCUACAUCCAGUUGCAAUUAUUCGUGUUAAUCCUGAGACUUGCGAGCCAAUCAGAGGAGCGGAUGGAUUUUGUAUCAGAGCGGAAACAAAUGAACCAGGAAUGUUGAUAGGACUUAUAAAACAAGGAAAUGCAUCCAGAGAAUUUAACGGUUAUUCGGACAAGGAGGCGUCGAAGAAGAAGACGAUAGAGAAUGUAUUCACUAAAGGAGACAAAGCUUUCUUGUCUGGGGAUAUUCUGAGCCAGGACGAGUACGGAUAUUUCUAUUUUAAAGAUAGGACGGGAGACACUUUCAGAUGGAAGGGUGAGAAUGUAGCAACAGCUGAAGUUGAGGGUGUAGUCAGCAACGUUGCUGGUCACAGAGAUGCAACAGUUUAUGGCGUUCCGGUACCCGGAAUGGAGGGAAAGGCUGGUAUGGCGGCUAUUGUGGAUCCAGACAGUCUCUUGGACUUCAAAGCUCUCGCAGAAGGUCUCGAUAAAGCACUCCCGUCCUACGCACGUCCCAUCUUCCUGAGGAUCGUUAAGGAGCUAGAGAUGACUGGCACAUUCAAGCUCAAGAAGAUCAAUCUGCAGAAGGAAGGCUUCGAUCCGAACAAGAUCCAGGACAAAGUGUACUUUCGUUCUGGAAACAAAGAGUACGUUGAAGUUACGCCCGAGCUCUACGAGGAGAUUAUAUCGGGCUCUGCAAAACUGUAAUGGCGUCAGUCUCGCGUGAAGUUCAAUUUAAGUAGCGUUCCCAUUACGUACUACCGAUAGUUCAUAGGAUCGCAGUAAGAAGGUCUUGAGAAGUCAGAAAAAAUGCAGCGGCCGUCGAACACAGAGAGUCAAAGAAAAAGGGAAACCUAAAAAUUUUUGAAAAAAAAAAAGAGAUGAAUUAUCUCCAUAAGCAAAUAAAAACCAAAGAAAUAACAUUAGUCCUUGAGGAUGAUGUCCACGCGACGUAUGUACAACAGUCUUGGUGAAUCUCGUCAACGGGACAUGCACAACAACAAAAAAACUAAACCAAGUGGAGAAAGCGUUAAAAAGAAUAAGGAAGAAGUAAGAAUGAAGAAAAUACAAAGUAAAAUAAAAAUCGAGCUAUCUCUCGGUAAUCGUUAGUACGAACUUAGCAUUUUUAGGAAUUUAUUAUACUCGUAAUAAAGCCCGGAGUCUUACGGCCACUCGGAUGCCUGGUGCGUGCCAGUCGAACAUCUCGUUCCUGUUCAUCUUCUUAUCGAUAAUUAUUAUUAUCGUUCCUAUCGUUUUUCAUCUCUUUACUGUAUGUAACACACCGUCCUUUGGCAGUGUUAAAACUUCUUACCGCAUCUUUCGUAGUUCAGAACAACGCAACGACGCUAAUUAACGUUACGUUGCCAUAACUACACGUAGAAUAAUUAUUUAUGUUUCUACUCUAGUCGGAUAAAUGAACCAACAAAAAAAAAAUGGAAUCCUUACAGAACGCGUGGUGGUGUCUCUCACAUGUAUAUCGUGUGUGCAAUUUGCUUGCGAGUAAUAGCGCAUCCAUAUACAUAGAAUCGUAAUUAUGUACGAAAUACGUGUUCGCGCACUUUAGAUUACGUGUAACAUAAACAUAAACAAAUAUAUUAUAGACGAUCUGCGACUAUAGAGGGGAGGGAUUCUAUAGGGAGCUUCGGUAUGGGGAGAGAGGGGGAUUGGUGGAAGAACGAUCGGAUUGGAUUAUUUAAAAAAAAAAAAGAUAAAAGAUAUCAAUGGAAAAAUGAUAAUAGAAAGUUCGAUGAACCUGGUAAUUAUUCAAUUGUUGAAGGAUUUGUUAUUUUAGUGAAACAAAGUUCAACUGCAUAUUUAUGAAAGUUCAUGGAUGCGUAUAUCAACUAGCUAAAGGAACGUGGCUCAAUGAUUUUUCAAUAAAUUGUGGAAUAAGAAAUAAAAAAGAGGAAGAAAGGAAAGUGUAUAUCGUGUCGUGUGCCUUGCUCCGAGAGGUGUGAGAGAAUAUCGAAUCUCGUCCCUUAAUUUAUUACUUAAGUGAGCACGAUAAUGAACGACAGGGCGAGGAAGUUUAAGAUUCACUUGAUAGGACACUGGAUGUCGCUGUGUGUAAGAUGCAAGACUGAAUGUCGUGAGUGAUCUGUCGAAAAACAAGAAUUGUUGGAUGUAAAUAAAGACAGUUUAAAAACUCGAA